CUUCCUGUCCCGAACUAAAUAUGUAUCACAUCACCAGCUCAACCCACCAAUGACCCCAGCACUUGUCAUUGUACCGGUUGUCAUUGCCCCACCUGGUGCGGAUUACCUUUGUAUCGGGCCCGAUACACUGACCAGCCAGGCACUAAUGUGCAGACUCAAGUACUCCAAAGUAACUGGUCAGCAACGCACCGCAGGUGACCCAAGACUUACAAACUGCUCGCGUAUCACAUGCAAACCCUACCCGGUGACCCCAGCAAGUAAAAACUUACCGGUUGUCACUCCCCUCCUGGUGCGGAUUACCUUUGUAUCGGGCCCGAUACACUGACCAGCCAGGCACUAAUGUGCAGACUCAAGUACUCCAAAGUAACUGGUCAGCAACGCACCGCAGGUGACCCAAGACUUACAAACUGCUCGCGUAUCACCUGCAAACCCUACCCGGUGACCCCAGCAAGUAAAAACUUACCGGUUGUCACUCCCCACCUGGUGCGGAUUACAUUCUGACUAGUCAUGCACCACUGUGCAACUCGAGUACUUCAAGACUAAUCAGCAACGCAUCACAGGUAUCCCCCAACUGUACAACAACUGUUUACUUCAUUUCAAAUAAACCCGGUGACCCUAGCUGAUAAUUGUGCUAUUAGAUCACACUCCAUCUGUGCGAAUUACCUACGUAUCAUUGACGCAAUCUAACUAGUGCCAACGAUACACUGACCAGACUUGCACAACCGUGCAAACUCGAGUACUUUUAAAUUUGUCUGGCCAGCAACGCACCGGAGAUACUCCAUUGUAAACCGUGCUAAAAUAGCACAGAAGAAGCAUCCCCAAACCCCACCAGACGCCCCAAGUGCUUUCACACUAAAGGGACAUCUCAUAAUUCUCCACUGGAUGACCCAAGUGCCAAAGCACUAGUGUGUCACCUACUAAUUCCACUUCUCAACAAAAUCUUCAACCCUGAAACUCCCUUGAUUUGUCACCCUAUUUGUGCAACCCCAUCCACUUCUGUAUCCUUGUUUCUUUUUAUCUUUUCCAUUUUCCUCUUGAAUUCUCCACCAUUAAAUAUUUAUAUAUAGAUUUGGCUAAUGUUAACCCUUUUUCUUUAGAU